AUGGAUUUCAAUACAAUUGAUUUAACUCGAGCAGAACAAGCUACUUCUUUGUUAAUUAAUAAUGAACAACAAGAAUAUCAAUCAAGAAUAUUAUUAGAUAAAAAUAAUGGACGAUAUGCUUAUUUACCUAUAUUUCCAACAGAAUAUGUUGGUCCAAAUGAGUGUUUACUUUUGGCUAAUGUACCAGUUAAUCGUCUUGCACCUCAUCAAAUUAAUCGACGUCAAUAUGGAGCCUAUACUUUCGAUGCACUGAUGCUGAUGAAUAAGUACAAUUAUUCCGAUGAAUUUAGUUUAUCUGAACAAGAUGCUAAUGAAUUAGCUUCACGAUUACAAGUAGGCAAAUCAAUAAUUACUUUCAAUGCACAACGACUU